UAAAUGGCUACAGCUUUAGGUUUAGGUUAUGGUACUAUAGCAAUAUUAGCAGGGUUUGUAUUAGCACUACUCAUAACAUUCUUUUUUGGAAGAUCAACAAGUUCUCCAGAGUAAACAAUACUGAAAAUAAAAGAUUAGUUUGCCUUUUGACAAUGUUAAUUCCAAUUAUAUUGAUUAUAAUAUUUACAGCAUCGCCAAAAAAAAGUGAGAUUCUAACAGAUUCAGAUUAAGUAGAUUCUUACCUUCCAGUUGAUAUAUUUGCGAUAGUAUUUGGGAUUGUAAGUGCUUUGAGUGCAUUAUUAUGCAUUCUUGGACAUUACUAUUUUUAAGGAUUAAGAGCAAUUAGAAUAAGUUCUUAAUUAGAAAUGGAAAGAGAUAAAUAAAAAUUAGAAAGAAAAAAGCCUGCUUGAAGUGAUUGAACCUAUAAUUAUUAUUUUAAAUUUUUUCAUGCCGCC